UCUCUCGUCUUUGCUGUUUCCUUUUUCUCUGCGGCGGUGCAAACACUUCCUGUUUCCUGUUCACUUUGUUUAAAGUUUUGAAACUUCGGCAAGUACGUUAUUUACAUCGGUUUGUUUCCUCAACCCAGAAUCUGGUUAAGACUUUUUGCUCUGCGUAACUUGGACUUAACGCUGUUUGGAAGAUUCGUUGGAAGCAAAGUUAACGGAAAUGAGCUUCUUAUUUGGCAGUCGGUCUUCAAAGACAUUCAAACCAAAGAAAAACAUUCCAGAGGGUUCUCACCAGUAUGAGCUCUUGAAACAUGCUGAAGCAACAUUGGGAAGUGGUAACCUUCGGGCUGCUGUGAUGUUACCAGAAGGAGAAGACCUUAAUGAAUGGAUCGCUGUUAAUACUGUCGACUUCUUCAACCAGAUCAACAUGCUGUAUGGCACCAUCACUGAAUUCUGCACUGAAACCAACUGCCCUGUCAUGUCUGCAGGGCCCAAAUAUGAAUAUCACUGGGCUGAUGGUACCAACAUAAAGAAACCAAUCAAAUGCUCGGCUCCAAAAUACAUUGACUACUUGAUGACUUGGGUCCAAGAUCAGCUGGAUGAUGAAACCCUAUUUCCUUCCAAAAUUGGUGUGCCUUUCCCAAAAAACUUCAUGUCAGUGGCUAAAACAAUUCUGAAGCGUUUGUUCAGAGUCUAUGCUCACAUUUACCACCAGCACUUUGACUCUGUCAUGCAGCUACAGGAGGAGGCCCAUCUCAACACUUCUUUCAAGCAUUUCAUCUUCUUUGUGCAGGAAUUUAACCUGAUUGACCGCAGAGAGCUGGUUCCUCUGCAGGAACUUAUCGAGAAACUAGGCACCAAGGACCGAUAAAAAACUUACAAAUAUAUGUAUCACCGAAAUAUUUCUCCUUUUGUUCAGAGAAUUUUAAAGCCACAGUCAGUACAUUUAGGAAUAAAAGUAUAUUUUAACAAUGUACUGACUGUAGAUUAACAAUGUUUGUAUGUACUUGUCUUUUUAUUUGGGCUUCAUGAACUAUACAAAUGUUGGACAAAGUAGAUGGGAGAUAGAAACUGCAGGCAGAUUUUUAUAUUAAACAUUUUAUUGUUUUAUAUUCAAGCAUUUGAUCUUUUUAAUAUAACAGGGAAAAACCAAAUACAACACCUUUUUCAGUUGAAGGUAUUGAAGGUGAAUGGAGCAAAAGUUUAUAGGUUUCUGUGAGUAACACGUGUACAUUCUUGCUAGGGUCUAACAUUUCUUUCAUGCGGAAAGUUAUUAUGGACAUACUGUAGGUCAGUAUUUUUGCUUUGAAAUUUAGACUGUAACAGUAAUGUUACUGUCUACAAGCUGCUGAUUAUACUCAUUUACAAAAUGCUGAUUUUUUCCUUGCAUUGAAUAUCACCAUUAUUUCUUUUCUUUGAUAGCCCGGAGGCAUUGAAAAGUAUAGUUGGCUCCAAUGAAAAAUGAAUGAACUGUUGAUCAUCUAAAUGACUGUUUAUUUUUCUUUUUCUUUUUUUUUCAAAUUUGUAUCAUUAAGCAUGGUGUUGUGCAGGACUUUUCAGGACUAUGAAUAACUUUUUAAGAUGAAGAUUAAAGCUAUAUUUGCAUCAA